UAGACGUAACCAAUGAAUCACAAAGCAAUUUAUAUCAGCUGUAAAUAUGUAGACUCAUCAAUACAUACAUAUGAGAUAUAAGUAUAGUGCCUGUAAUAUCUUAUGUGUGUAUGUGUAUGUAUAAGAUGUUGUUGCUCCUAAAUUUGAAAAGAGUCCACCAUACAAUUCUUACAUCUUCGUGAAUAAUUCAUUAUUUCCUGCAACAAUUCAAGAUUUCCAUUGAUGUAGAAAAUCUAAUGCUUAUAUAUACAUAUAUACUUUAAAAAGAUGCGUUUCUGUUUUGAAUUUUAACCAAAUAUGGGUUCUUUAGCCCUGAGUGGGUUCAAUGGUAACCUCUCUCCAUCAGUAGCAUCUCAACUGCUGAAGAAAUACACGACUUAAUUCUCAACCAGUUUUCCCUUAUGAGUUCCACCUGAAACAAUCACCAUGGGCCUUUAGUUUAGAGAAGUGCAACACAAAAAAUAACAAUAUGUCUCAGCAAACAUAUAUUCAAGAUUUAUCAUCCAGUGUAAAUAGUUCAGUGACUAAUCAGAAAUCUUCUAUACCUGUCCACAGCACAGAUAACAGUUUAUGCACAAAAAACUUCCAGUUAAUGCCAUCACUUCAAAUUCUACAGCAAGACCAAAAAUCAAAAACUUCCAUUUCUGAUCAACUUAGUUAUAAAGACAUGAUUUGCCAUGUCAGUGGAUACCAGGCCCACAAUAUCGGGACCACUGUUUCAAAAUCACUUAAUAUUCCUAAUGUGAGGUGUCAGAGAAAUCAUGAAGAACAUUCUCAAUCUAAUAAAGAUGGGUGUACUGCUGCCGGCCAGGAUUUUGAGUCCCAACGAUUUCACUGCUCAGUGUGCAAUAAAAGUUAUGCACGAUCUAAUCAACUGGUAUGUCACAACAGAAUUCACACGGGAGAAAAACCUUAUGCCUGUGAUGUUUGCGAAAAAAAAUUCACUCGGUCAGAUCAGCUGAAGUACCACAAACGUACCCACAGUGGAGAAAAACCUUACCAAUGUACAUUUUGCACAAAAAGUUUUGCACGUUCAGACAAACUGAAAUGCCACAUUCGUGUUCACACUGGUGAGAAACCAUAUCAGUGCAAAACCUGUGAAAAGCAGUUUGCUCGCUCUGACAAACUACGAGCCCAUGAUCGCAUACAUACUGGCGAGAAACCUUAUCAUUGUGACCUUUGUCCAAAAAUGUUUGCUCAGUCUGAUAAGCUACGAUGUCACAGACGUAUCCAUACUGGUGAGAAACCUUACCAAUGCACUGAAUGUGGGAAGCAGUUCUCCCGCUCUGACAAACUUGUCCAGCACAAACGAAUUCACACUGGGGAAAGACCUUUUCAAUGUAAUAUUUGCUCAAAACAGUUUCUUCGUUCUGACAAAAUGCAGUUACACCGGAAAACUCAUUUUGUUGCACCAUCGACAGUUUUGUUAUCAAAAGUUACUGGAAAACAACAGAGUCCAAAAUUGAACAACCACACAGAACCUCAUCACACAAUCAGUCCAUCAUUAACCAACGAUGAUGUUAUCUGCAUUGAUGAUACUGAACUGGCUGUCCUUACCAACAAAAACUUAAAGGAAUACAUGCCCAAUAACCCCUAUUUCUGGCCAGCAGUCAACUGAGGAAACAAGAUAAACCCCUUUUAACCCCAGCUUCUGACCUACAAUCAAUUAAAAUUGUUGCUCAAGAAAAAUUAUAUCUGUGAUUUCACAUCCAGGCAGGACUACAAACUGCAUCACUAUCUUGGUUUGCAUGAACAAUACUAUUAUUCCCUACUACUUUCAAACUUUGAUCCAUCACAUUUGCUCUUGUAGUAGUUUCCAAAGAUACCAUUUGCUAUUCUUUGAAGAUAACUUCUUCCACCACUAUGUUAUUAACAAUCCAAAGAUAGGAGCUACUGUGUAACCACUUGACCUGUUAAAAAUAACAGCCAAAUCAUCAAAUCACACACUAUUAUCUCAGGAAAAAAUGGAAGGAUGCAGAGUAACCACCUACUCUAUAAUACUUUCGCUAUUUCAUGGACCUUCAAUUUUUAUUGCAUUUCUGACUAUGCUGAAUCAACUUCAAUGGCAAUCUUUUAUUUUGAAUCCAUUUAGGGGAUAAUCUCACCACCAUCAUCAUCCUCAUAGCAACAGAGACUCUUCAGAGGUCUACCUAAUCAAGGCAGAGUCAAGACUAAUAAAAAAUCUUAUUAUGACAGACACCUCAAAAAUUUACUCAAUCAGGGCUGAAUUAAAGCUAAACAAUUGCCAUGCUUUCAUAUCCGCUUCUGUUUCCUGCCAUUAGAGCCAGAUUCCUCUCUCUCUCUCUCUCUCUCUGAUACACUUCUACCCCAUGACAGUCUGCUUCAAAAUAAUAAACUUCCUUCUCAUUCAAAAUA